CUUCCUUCCUUCCUUCCUAAGUCUUUCCUUGUCUAUAAGUUCCCCAAACUCACUAUUCUAUACCCAGAACCACAGCCUUAAGGAGUCUAUUCCUUCGUCUAUAUUACUUUCCAAAUAUAAUUCAAGUCCCGUCAACCAGACCAGAGCUUCAGGAAAUUCAAUUUCAGAAUGAUUGACAGUGCUAGUACCCUUCGGAGGCAAAUUAAAAAAAGCCCUGAGCUUUCUUCAAAAUCUUCACUUUACGGAAUCAAAAUGGACGAGCUUAGUCUUGAUCGGAAACACGGUCUCUUGCCGAUGUCAUCUCCGCGGCCCAGGCCACGCCCUCCUUGCACUUGCUCGAACCGGCCCGGUUCGGUCCGGUGCACGCUUCAUGGGUACGCGGUGCCGGAGAGGAUGUUGAAGAAGCGUCCGACCAGCCAGGAGAUCUUGAGGAGGGCUUUAACGCCGCCACCGCGAAGGUUGAAACUUAGGUGGUUGAAUUUCCGGCCGACUCCGAGCAGGCUCUCUGUCAUGUCCAUGGCUUGAUUUUUGAUCUGGUUUGGUAAUUAUUGGAUAAGUUGUGUAAUAUUGCUUGCAUUUACUGUAAUUAUAUUAUUCUUUUGUUCAUCUCGCUAGCUAAUCCUUCAAUCCUGCGAUUACAAGUUACUUUCUUAUAAGAUGGUAAUUCGGUGAUUCCUUAUUUCCUUAUGAAAUCCGAAUCCCCUAUUGUGUACCUCAAUUACUGAAGUCACAAAGUUACAAAUAUAACCCUAUUCAUGAGCGUUCUCGUGUAUGUAAAUUCACGUGUAAGGCAUCCAUCUUCUGUUUCGUUUGAAAUUGUAUGUUUGCAACGAGAGAUCCAUCAAUAAGAAACCCAUAUUUGUAAA